AACUCCUAGCGGCUAGAUCUACGGCGCGUUAGCGCCCAGGAACUUGCGGUCAAGUCAGCUGUUCUAGGUCUUUAAUAGGUCCUUAACAAACCCACUGCAGGCCUCAAAUUCAAGAAAUGGAGUCGGCGGUUGACGUGUAAGGCAUAUGUAUAACCUAAAUAUCAAAGACGCAAGCCUGAGAGCCGUGAUCCGAUCCGAGGAGAAUUUAUAUAUUAAGGCCUCGCUGCUGCUCUUAUCCCUUUACCGCUAAAUCUCUUGUCAAUCUCUAGAUCCUCUUGGAAACGUACUUGGCACCUCUCUACGAUAGAACAGCAAUACUACUUCUGCCAAUCCAGUUUAAUCCCACAACAUAGCUAGGUAUUCAUUCGCAAUGGCUCGAACUAGCGGAUCACACUUUGGGCUCCCUCCCUUCUUCCUCAUUAGCAAUGCAUUAAUAUGGAUUUCGGCCGUUAUUGUCAUGGGAAUUCUCUCCUACUUCAUCUCUCUAAACAACUAUGUUCCCCGUCGUAUCAUUUACGAAGAAGUCAUCUCUGUUCUUACCGUUGUCUUCUUCUUGGUCUCCUUCAUUAUCGGCUCAUAUCCGGGUUCUAUUCUUAUAUUCAACGUCAUAUUCUCGUACCUCUGGCUAGUCGCAGUUGUCUUUACGGCUGAGGAUUGGUCAUCCGACUAUGCUGGCGAGCUCGCUCAUACUGUCGAGGCAUUUAGCUUCAUUGCCUUCUUCUUCCUAUUCUUCAAUGUUGUCUUCGACUGGCACUACGGCUUCCGUGGACACGUACGCAGCACCUCAGUUGUGUAAUGAUCUAAUGCAAAACGUUAAUGAGAUAUGAGAGACAAUUUGUGCAUGGUUCAUGGGAUUAUCGAAUU